GCCUGAUCUAUGAGUCGGAUGGGUGUUCACAGACUGGAUAUUCCACGGCCAACAAUACCGAAACUCAACAGAGAGCGACUUCAAAACAAAUCAGCGUGACAUGGAGCCGACCAAUUUACAGAAAGCUAUAGCUAUAGCCACCAAAGCUUCACAAGAGGACCAGGAUGGAAAGUAUGAGGAAGCUGUCAAAUCUUAUCAACAUGCAGUGAAAUAUUUUCUGCAUAUAAUAAAACGUGAACCGCAGGGUAAGGAGGGCAAUCAGAAGAUCAGAGAUAAGUGUAAGCAGUAUCUAGACAGAGCAGAAGAGCUCCAAGACUAUCUUGAUAAGAAAGAGAAAGCUAUAGAUUUGGCCAGUAAGGCAGCUCAGGAGGACAAGGCUGAAAACUAUGAAGAAGCCCUGCGUCUGUAUCAACAUGCUGUUCAAUAUUUCUUGCACGUUGUCAAAUAUGAAGCACAGGGGGAUAAGGCCAAACAAAGCAUUCGGGCCAAAUGUGCCGAAUAUUUAGACCGGGCUGAGAAGCUGAAAGAAUACUUGAAGAAGAAAGAGAAAGCCCCGGCGAAACCUGUGAAGGAGUCUCAGUCCAGUGACAAAGGGACUGAAAGUGAUGGAGAAGACGAUCCAGAGAAAAAGAAAUUUCAGAAUCAACUCUCAGGAGCCAUUGUCAUGGAGAAGCCAAACAUUAAAUGGAACGAUGUUGCUGGGUUGGAAGGGGCCAAAGAGGCUUUGAAAGAAGCCGUCAUUCUGCCAAUCAAAUUCCCACAUCUCUUCACAGGUAAAAGAACUCCCUGGAGGGGCAUCCUUCUCUUCGGGCCUCCUGGAACGGGCAAAUCUUACCUGGCCAAAGCAGUAGCAACAGAAGCCAACAACUCCACCUUCUUCUCCAUCUCCUCAUCAGACCUGGUGUCCAAGUGGCUGGGAGAGAGUGAAAAGCUGGUGAAGAAUUUGUUCACUUUGGCUCGAGAGCACAAGCCCUCCAUCAUCUUCAUCGAUGAGAUCGAUUCACUCUGCGGCUCCAGGAGCGAGAAUGAAAGUGAAGCAGCUCGCAGAAUCAAGACCGAGUUUCUGGUUCAGAUGCAAGGUGUUGGUAAUGACAACGAAGGGAUUCUGGUGCUGGGAGCCACAAACAUCCCCUGGACGCUGGAUUCUGCCAUCAGAAGACGAUUUGAGAAACGCAUCUACAUUCCUUUGCCGGAAGAGCACGCUCGUGGAUUCAUGUUCAAGCUGAAUCUGGGCAGCACACCGAACAGUCUCACCGAGUCAGACUUCAUGACUCUGGGCAAGAAGACGGACGGUUACUCUGGUGCUGACAUCAGCGUCAUCGUCAGAGAUGCCCUCAUGCAGCCCGUCAGGAAGGUUCAGUCCGCCACUCACUUCAAACGGGUACGAGGACCAUCAAGAAGUGACCCCAAUGUCAUAGUCGAUGACCUUUUAACCCCUUGCUCCCCAGGUGAUCCACAGGCUAUUGAAAUGACAUGGAUGGAAGUCCCUGGAGAGAAACUUUUGGAGCCAAUUGUUUCCAUGUCAGACAUGCUGAGGUCCCUCUCCAACACAAAGCCCACUGUCAACGAGCAGGAUCUGGAGAAGCUGAAAAAGUUCACCGAGGACUUUGGACAGGAGGGCUGAACAGAGCCGGUCUCCACAAACCAAAGCAAACAGAUUGUGAUUGUCACAUCUUCUCUCGUGCCCUUCACACGCCCCUCUCUUCCUUUCAUACCCAUGCUCUUCCUCUGACUGACAAGCCCCCUCAGCUCAGGCUUAAGGAUAAAUCUAAUCUGAAAUGUGUAUCUCCUAAAGCCCACCUCAGUUUUUCUUCACGUUAAUAGCUGCUCUGACUGCAAGGAUGCCAUCAGUACCUUGUGACCAUCAUGCAUCACUUAUCAUUAAUAAGCGGUCUCAAUCAUAAUUAUCUGUGCUUUCUAUGAAUAACACAGUCAGCAGGCCCUACAACAGAUGUGCUGUAAAACAAUUAGCAAUUAUAAUUUGUUCCUAAACUAAUACUAAUGUCAGUUUUGUUUACAUUCACAUAAAUCUGAAUGGACAAUAGUUAAGCUCGGAUGACACACGAAGACUUUCCAGCUCCAUUUUAAAAUGCUUUUGUUGGAAAAUCAUUCUAAUGCUUUUCUUUACAAGGGUGGUGAGAUCUUUCUAGAGCUGUUUUCCUUCUUGUUUGAGAACGUCAUGGUUUCAAUCUGUGUAUUGGGAUUUGAUAGAACACUCAGAGAUCUGCAUUCUUUACACUCACUCUUUACAGGCACUCUUUACAUAUACUACAUAUGUUUUUAUCUCCAUGUACAUCAUUACUUUCAGUAUAUUACUGUAAAAUGUGCUAUUCCUUCACUGAGAUAUGAGUUACAUUAUAUGUUCAGGGGCUAAUGUUGGACGUUCAUUUAAAUUCACUUGCUGAGGCUCAGAACACAAUGUGCCUUCUUCGCAUUUCCUUCUGUCUGUCUCUCUCGAUCUGCAUACGCAUAGAUGCACAAAUGAUGCUUACUGAUGGUUAUAUAACUGUUUUUAUAGGCAAAAGGUUUGGGAAUAAUUGGAUGAUAUUUGCACAUUUCAUUUAAAACUUUUCAAACAUAUAUAUCAAUCUGUAUACACUUAUAGGGUGUUUGGUUUGCUGUUUAAAAACCUAUUAAGACAUUGUACUAUUAGAAUAACAAUGUAGACGUACUUGGUUUGUUUUGAGGAUAAGUCUUGUUAAACAGACGGUUUGCAUACUGUUUAAAAUUGGUUUAUCGUGUUCAUUUUAAUAUUCACAUGUAAAUAAAGGUUGAAAUGAAACUAA